AUGCACGGGGGAGGAGGGGAGCAGGUGCCGGGAGGCUCCGAGGCGCCGUCGUUGCGGUCGCUAGGCAGGUCGCCCAAGGAAGGGGAGAGGAUUCUAGCCCCCACAAGGCGCCCGGACGGCACACUCCGCAAGCCCGUACGCAUCCGCGCUGGGUACGUCCCCCAGGACGAGAUCGCCAUCUACCAGUCCAAGGGUGCACUCGUGAGCUUCCUCUGCCAAAGUCCUUAUCCUCUGUACUUUUUAUUUAUUGAACUCCAUUUCCUCACAGUAUUAUUAUUUACAUUGUCCCUACAGCGUUUGACUAGGGUUUAUUCAUCCCUCUUUCCAUAUGCAAGCUUGUUUUCGUUUUCGAAUUGGUUCAUUUCUUGCUUUACAAAUCGGGCAGUUGAAGAAGGCCGCUCAGUCCGAAGGCCCCCCGGGAUACGUCCCCGACGAGGAUGCUAAGCCAAAGACCAAGGCGGCCAAGAGAAACGAGAGACGGAAGGGGAAGAAGCAUCAGGUGCAAUUCCUUGUCCUUUUAUCUAUAAUUUCCCGUUCAAGAAAUGCCCUAACUACUGAGUUCUGAGUUCCCCUCCUUCAAAAUAUGACAUAACAUGAUGUCCAUGCCUACUAUUUUAUUGUUCUUCCCUUCUCCGUGUCUUAAAGUGGUAUGCCAAGUUUUUCAGUACAUUUCACUACAUCCAUCCUUUUCAUAUUCAGCGUGUAUGGUGUCGGAAAUUCAUACCGUUGCAGCUCUCAGUUAUAUUUUCAUGAGCUUGAACUGAUAACGUUCCUAACAAGUGGUAAGGCUAGUACUACAUUAAGCCUCUCCUAUCCCAUAGUUUUUUAAAAUGUUGUCUCCUCUGGACAGAAGCUGAAGUGCAGAAAGGGUUCCCAAGCAAGUGACGCUUCUUUUAUUCUUUUUUCGUUAUUAAUUUAUUUUCAUUUUCUUUGUUCUUAAAUCUGAGAGAUUUUUCUCUUAUAUUAUGGUUGAUGUUAUGUAUCGGAAAAUCUUACGAAGCUAUUCAUAGGCGGCUCUUGCAUCAACUGUGGAUGACGACAAGGAUUUAGAUUCUGAAGAAUCAAGGCAGGCGGACAACGGAGUGGCUUCUUCUGCUCAACUGCAACUGGACAGAAUCGAAUCUGUGGACUCUGUAAUCAGUCAAAUGACUGUACUAUCCGUCUCUGAAGCACCUUCACCAGCUGGUCAAUCCCAAGAACUGGAAGAUAUUUCAGUUUCAUUAGUUCCUGGGGCUGAUCUAGACAAGAAAAUCCGAGCAAUAAAGAAAAAGGUGGUUAUUUCAUGCUCGCGUAAUACUUUGUGGUCCGAAACUAUUCGUACAUAUUCUGUCCUCACAGUGAAUUUUCCUAUUUUCCUCUUUUUCGGCCUUUCCAAUGCCAAACAUUGAUCUGUGGAGGUUUCGAAUUGUGUUUUUCGUUGCUGAGAAUUAUCCCGAUCAUAUAUCGAGUGUCCUCAGUUGAGAUUCCUUUCCCAUUUGGACAGACUUCAUGACCAUCAUACGGCACUAUUUAUCUUUGUGCCUGGGUCUUGCAAAAGUAACCAUGAGAACCAAAUAUGCCUUUGUCGUUAUCACAUGGAUUUCUUAAAAGGUGUCUAAUAUACUUACGAGGAAGAGGAGAAAAGGAUAGAAGAAAUAAUUUGGAGGCUAGUGGAAGAUGAUGAUAUGACAGAUGAUCUAUGGGCUUAUCGGCCUCCCUUCUCUUUGUUUCAUCCUAUAUAAGCUCAUUCCCCUCUUGCAUUCUUCUGUCACAUUUUUCGUCUUCUCCUUUAUUGUGUACUCCAUUGGGAUCAAGAAAUCUAAGACAGUCAUUAAUCAAAUUUACUCAUUUUUUUGAAUUUGUAUAUUUUCCUUUUGGAUAUAAUUCUUUACACAUUAUAACAUUCUCUGGCUCUAAGAGUCAAUGCGGCAAUCCUAGUGAUAGCUGAUUUUUCACUACAACGAUAUGAUGAAGAUUUUUUGCAAGUCGAGGAUCUAGCUGUUAGGAAAAGUUGGUCACUGUUCUUGCUAAGGUCUUUUGAACAUUCCAUGUUUGUGGUGUUAUCCCCAUUCAUGUGAUUUCAGUCCUAUAAUAUCCGUCUCAAUGUGGAGACGUUUUGAACACCACUGCUUACGAGAGAUCUGUCUAUCAGGAAUGUAGUGAUUCUUUUAUUGCAAUUAAUCUGACGGACUCAGUUUGGGAGGGUUCCCACUUCAUUUUUCUUCUGUUGAUGAAUAAUAUAAAGGAAAAAUUAGGUCGCUUUAGAUAAGUUGCAGGAAGACAGAUAUUUUGACAAAUAAUAUUCCAUGCCUAGCCAUCAUAAAUCAGACCUACCUUUAUAUGAUAGAGCCAUCAUAAAUCAGACCUACCUUUAUGUGAUAUAAACUGCUCUUACCCACUUCCCUCACGAACAUAUUUAUGAAGGGCGAUCUGAUAUUUGUCAGAAUUCGUUUACGCUUACCCUUAUAAUGCAAUUUUGAUAGAAAAAAUUGUAUAUGUUACCUGAUCGUUUUGUAUUUUUAAGUGGGCUUUAUUGAUGAAGUUCUGUUGUGAAAUUUAUUGAAAGAAAUCAAUCAUUAAUAUAAAGUACACUUUCUUGUAUAUUCCCUGCCAGUCAAAUUUUUAUACAAAACAAAGGAUAUAAACGGUAUGAUGUUCUAGCAUUGUGCUUUUACCUCAUCUUUAAGGUUUAUAACCUAAUGUGAUAUCAAGGAAAUUAUAAAUUAAUAAUAUAUAUAUAUAUAUAUAUAUAUAUAUAUAUAUAUAUAUAUAUAUAUAUAUUUGGAUAUUUGCCAAGUUCGUAGCCAUAGCACAGAUUGCUCGUGAUGCCUUGAAAUUGUUUCUGUUAAUAAUAGUGUCACUUACUGUCUUGGUCUGAAAUUAGUGAAUAGAAUUUUUACAUCACGGAUUAUGUUAAGGAGUUCGAUAGUGCUCCAUAAAAAGGAUUUUUUUUUUGGGUUAUCUUUCAUAAAUAAUGUUGGAUAAAGUUCAAUGUUCAGAUAGAUCGGCCUGGUAUCCAUUAAGAAUUCGAAAACAUGAUAGCUUCCAUUAUAACUAUGGGUAAGCCUCGGUUUUAGUGUUUAUAAUUUGCAUCUCCCCUAGCUUGAAUAGAAAAAAUUGUUUUACCAGAUUGUAUUUAUUUUAUCGUCUGUCACCCUUUUCGUUCGUUUUUGCCUGUUUUCUUUUGUCAGAUUUCUCAUAGAUGUUUACCAGGUUCCUUUUAUCCUGUCACUUAUUUUUCUUCUCAUCUUUUUUUGGAAUAUAAAUAUCUUUUAUUUUUCCUGAUCCUGCCAUUCCGUGUGUACACUGAUUGCAUCCUGUUUCAUUGAUCAGCAGAAACUUCAAUGUUUUAUAGGACCUUUGUGCUCCAUUCACGAGUUACUACAGUAUGGUUUGAGACUGGCACCUAUUUCACUUCUUUCUUGGUCCCCGUCAUUGAGGGAGCACAGCCAAAUUUAGACGAUAUAAUUACAGUGUCCUCUGCCAAUAACCUUGCGUCAUUGUGAACCAGUAAUGCACAAUAGUAUCUAUUCCUUUUCUCAUUAGAUGAUCAUCUUGGAUAACUAAUGGAGGCAUUUCAUGCUCAUUUGCAUUUGUGGAUUAUGUCCAGACGAUUGUAUGACGUGUUCAUACACUGAGAGGUAUACAGACGAACCAUCUUUAUUUAUUGUGAAUAAUGUUGAUCUACUUGAGUUGUCGCUAAUGCGCAUAUACCCAUUCUCAUGGAAUGCGUCAACCAUGAGUGGGACACAAACCCUACUUAUCAUCCUCAUGACCCAGGUCUUUACUCAAUCACGACCUCUCAUUAUAUUCCAUUUCUAAUUCACCUCUCAUCCGUAGAAAAUGAACGAUGAUUUUUCCAUCCAGUUCAUGGGCUAAACUUUGAUACUUCAUUCCCGUAGUUCACAUCUACUAUGCGUCAACGGGUCUGUCUCUCCUUUGCGAUUCUUUUACUAUUGAUUUUUAAAACAUGUCGUGCCAUUUAGAAGAAAAUGGGAAGAGGGGAACAGAAAUGGAAAGAGAAAACAUAAGAUCGAAAGGACAUGACUGGGUCAUGUGUGAGGGGCGUUCAGGUGGGUACGGCUCGCACCAGUGUCUAUAUUUUGAUCCUCCCCAAGUGAUACUUUGAUCUUUUUAGUUAAACGGAUCAUAUUACGUCCCUUUGUCUCUCUAAUUUUCCUUUUUUGCGCGUAUUUAAAAUUUCGUCUCUUUGGAACUAAGUUUAACAUCCAUCAACUAAAUUUCCCUCACUCACAGGAAUCCAUAGAUUUUCUAAUCUUAGGGAUUUGCAAAGGCAUUCUACUGUGCACUCAUUCUUCUUCAUCAUCUCUCUCUCCCUCUCUCUCUCUCUCUCUCUAAAAGUACUCUAUCUUUCUGAGUUUGAUCGAGGACUCAAUAAUCCUGAAAAGCUUGAUGCAGUUUUCCCUGUUUCGGUCAGGUCGAUGUCAAACUCCCAUACUCAGCCCAACAACAAGUUAAUAUAUUGGUUUUAUAUUCAAAUUCCCGGCAAAUGCUUGGUUUAGAUGAACCUGCUGUUGCUAUAAGUUUUCCAUUCAUGGAAUAUAAAGUUGGAUGAAAGAAGUCAAUGCAUUUUUCUUGUCAGAAUUAGAGUUUCUCCCCUCCAGAUUAAUAUCAUGAUCAUCAGAUUGCUUCUUCUAAAAUUAUGAAGCAUCUUGGAUUCUUUCUGGAAUCCUGACCACCGGAGUUGAAAUUCCAGAUUCGACUCGCGGAACAGUACAAGGGUGACCCAGAAAACUUGAAGCCGGAGCAGCGGGAGAAAUUGGCGAAGGUAGAGGGUUGGCGAGAAGAAUUGAAGCUUGUCGAGGAAAAAAAGGCCGCACUGGUUUCGUAA